UUUUCUUAUUUUGGUGAAGCGGUAAACCAGCUCAACAAAAAGUCUGAAAAACUUCCAUCUUGUUAGGUCAAGAGCCGAUUGAAAAACACAGAUGUAACAGUCACACCCACAGACGCAAAAUAUUACGUGCAAUGCUUUUAUUUCCUGCAUCCCAGAACAGAGGUGUAAUUAACAUCCUCAACUUGCUGUUUUCCUGAGCCGCUUGGUGCAGGGGAAGAUUACCAGAAGAAAAAAAGGAUUUUUUACAUUUUUUAUUUCUUCAUCAGUUUGGUAAGUGAUUUUCUUUCUUUUAAAACUGAUGCGUUUUAUAUGUGCUACAUGUCCCUUUUAUAUUUUAUAGAUAAAUUUAUUCUAAUUUACUUUCACUUUUACUUGUAUUUCAUUAGAAGUAGAUUGCAAGCGAAAGCAUCAUGGGAUUAAUUAAAGAUUUCAUGGCUGUCUUUGUUCUGUUGGGAUCCAUGGUUUUGAUAUUUUUGACAACUAAUGAGUGGCAAUUUCAUCAACAAUUUACAGCACAGAUGUCUACACAAAGUCAAAAGCUAAGAAAGGAUCUUCUGAUCAAACACUGUGCUGGUGUGAACCAAAGUUUAGUUGACUUCAAUAAAAUUGACUUGACGAACUUUAUUGUGGAUGACAAAAAUGGCAUCAUCUACUGCUACGUUCCCAAGGUGGCAUGUACCAACUGGAAGAGGACUUUGCUUGCUUUAAAACACGAUGAACCAUAUCCUAACCCCAUGUCCUUUAAAGGCGACUGGGUUCACCAAGUUGAAAGAUUCCAGUUUCUGAGACAAUUUCCACUGGCAGAGAGAAAGGCCAAACUAAAGCACUACACCAAGUUCCUGUUUGUCCGCGAUCCGUUUGUGCGCCUCAUCUCCGCCUACCGAGCCAAGAUGCUGAAAUAUGACCAGUAUUUUUAUGAUGGCUAUGUGAGACACAUUUUGCAAAGUUAUGAAAAACAGAGUAAUUUACCAGUUGGCUACAAAGAGGCUAUGGAAAAGGGUGUCCAUCCUUCAUUCCAUAACUUCAUUCAGUACAUAGUGGAUCCACGAACAGAGAGAUAUGCUCCAUUUGAGCCCCACUGGAGGCAGAUGUUUCGCAUGUGCCACCCCUGCCUCGUUGAAUAUGACUUUGUUGGCCAUCAAGAGACUCUUCAAGAAGAUGCUCAGGAGCUGCUGAAGAUGUUAAAGCUGGAAGGCGAGAUCAAGUUUCCUCCUUCAAAUAAAAAUAUGACUUCUACUGAUUCUGUUAAGGACUGGUUUCAAAGUGUACCACUGGAAGACAGGAGGAAGCUGUACAAGGUUUAUGAAAAGGACUUUCAACUUUUUGGCUACAGUAGGCCAACCGAACUUCUGGAUGAAUGAUCUGAUGUUAGGACUUUACCAAUACUCCCAGAUCUUGAGAUCGAACUGCCUUCAAACAUAAAACAUAUUAAACAGUUUUUGGCUAAAGGACUAUGUGCCAAAUAGUAGGUGAGUUGGUUCAUGGCAACACAAAUGAAUUUGAAUAGAGGUACAUUUGCUAGUUUUUCUAGUUCUCCAACCACCAUGAUUAAAAAUGUCUUAGUAACAUGCACUUGUACAGGAACUGACCUGUAUGGGUGCUGUGGGUUUUGGUUGUCCGGGUCCAUGGAGGGCCAUAAACAGGAGAGACUGCAUCCUAACCCUUGUGCUAUCCUAGGUAUGAUGACGUAGAGAGUAAGGUCAUCUAGACCCCACAAUGAUUUUAGAUUUUCACUGGUGUCCAGGGCAGACAUGACAUCCUGUCCACCGUUCCACAUUUGUCAAGGAAUGGACAACACGUCAAUAUAAGGCUUGGGUCACCUGGACCCUUAGAUAGCACAAGUGUAAGCAUUUUGUGAAGUAUUUGCAAGGAUAAUGUAAGUUGCACGCAUUUAGGAUGUAUGGGUAAUGCCAACUUGAGUCGUUAGUAGGGUGCGUGUACUGGCUACUUACUAACCUCACGCAAAGACAAGUGAUACCUACAUGUCUAUGUCAACUACUCUGUCACUGGUGCUUGUUGGAGGCCUUCACUUUAUUACUUUUUUUCUAUGAAGAUCUUUGUUUUAGUUCUUAAGUUUUUUUUUUGCAAAAUACUUCAUUAUGCUACUGACAUAUUAAAUGUGUUUUAUAAAUAAAGUUUGAUUUGAUUUAAAACUGUUUAUCAGUGUGUUCAAGCCAUUAACUGUACAGUG